CCUCCACAGUCCUCCCCAGAAGAUGGAAGCUCUCGGCGGCUACCCGAGCAAGUCCAGCCCGCGGGGAAAAGCCCUGCCGGUGCUGAUGAGCCUGGCGGUUUGUUUGGGGUCGCUGUACUUGCUGCAGAGCAGAUUCUCGAAGCCGAGAAGACUUAAAGACUUCUAUUCCUUCGAAGUGAGGGACGCAAGAGGAAGGGCCAUCUCUCUGGAGAAGUACAGAGGAAAGAUCUCGCUGGUUGUAAACGUGGCGAGUCAGAGCGAGCAGACCGAGGAGAACUACCGGUUCCUGCAGGAGCUUCACAGAGAACUAGGUACUGCCCAUUUCAACGUUCUGGCCUUCCCCUGCGGUCAGUACGGCCACACCGAGCCCGGCUCCAGCAGGGACGUGGAAGCCCUCGCCAAGUCCCACUAUGGAGUGACCUUUCCCAUCUUCAGCAAGAUCAAGAUCAUGGGCUCAGAAGCAGAACCUGCGUUCAAGUUCAUCACAGAUUCGGUGCAGGGGAUACCAAAGUGGAACUUCUGGAAGUUUCUGGUGAACGCCGAGGGCCAGGUGGUGCGGUUCUGGCGGCCGGAGGAACCCAUGGAGGAGAUCAGGCAGGAGGUCACGGCGCUCAUUCGGGAGAUCAUCCUGAAGAAGAGGCACGAACUCUGAGGGUCUGAGACCCAGCAGUGAAGAAAGGAAAGGUUCCUGAGAGAAAAAGCCUUCACCGUGUUGCCUUACGAACUUCUCUGAACACUAAAUGUGGUCUGUCCGUCCAUCCGUCUGUCUGUUUGUCUGCCUGUUGUUUUUAGAUGAGCCCAGACUUUUGUGUUUGCCUGCUUUCUGUGUGCCACAUUGGAAUCUUCUACAGGUGUGAAUUAGAGCCCAUGUUCUUCAUUUUUCAGCAUCAGGGGGAAAAAGUGGACGACACGCACUGUUUAAAAUGAGGUCGGCUCAGCUCAGAAUGAUCUACUCACUGAUUACAUGGCUUUUCUUCAUCAGAGUUCACACAACUCAAACUUCUUAGUGGAGUCAUAAGUUCUCUUCAUUUUGUAGUUCUCCAUUUCAGUUUGGGGAAAUAAAAUGAACUUGUUUUUUGUACUCAGCUUCCUUCUAGCCAGGACUCCAUCA